AAUGUCACCGCAUUCUACUCUAAUUCGAGUCUCUCUGCCUUCCUCAUGAAAUCUGAACCAGACCCAGUUGACAGGGGCAUCCGGUCGAGUGAACAUAGAAAGCCCGAUUUAUCUCUUUUCUUGGGCAAAAAUGUAUCAUCCUUGAGUCGGACAUUCGGGACGCCCACACUCGAUGCCUCGACGGUCGAAUCUGCCAACAAUGCGUAUACCGAAACUAGCAUGCAGAAUGACUCCCCAAACCCCAAUACUACAAUAAGCGUUACAAACAGUUUGUUUCCUCACACAAGCUGUUUAGAAGAUGCUCUUCAGCCUAGCUCUGGCCAGCCUGGGAUCAACUCACCCAAUUUUCUUGCUUCGUCCAGCUCACCGCCUGAUCUCCCACUGAUCUCCACCUCUCUCAUAAGCUCUGUUGACACUAGGCCUCAAGCCUUCUCGGCUACAGCUACAGCUUCCUCAGUCUCGACUUCUUGCCAGACCACACAGACAGUCUUUCAGCCAUCCGGGCUAAGGCGAGAUCAUGGCACUACGGAUUUUGUCAUGUAUCCAGAUAAAAUCUGUCAGAUUGGGCCAACAGAGGCCAAAAAGUCAAUAAAAAAGUCGGCUGAGACGGCCUGGUUACGCCAGCCGAGUGCUUCGAACCAUCGUGUCGACCCGGGCUUAGCCUUCCAUGCGCCAUGCUUGAUGACCGACGAGGCAUGUAACAGAGAACCAACUGCUUUUGAUAGGAACCGUUUGGAAACCUCGAACUCAACUGGAAAUAAUCCCGUUGCUACCUUGCUUCUAUCCGACCAAGCUGAUAGUCUCUCACUUCGUCACAGGAGCAGCAGGCAGCUUGAACUCGUAAGUCUUGUGGUUUGCCGAGAAUAA